AAAUUCCACUAUAUAGAAAUAUAAUAUAAAGGGGGCCACUAUAUAUUAUUGAAUUCAUUUCACAGCUCUCUUCCCCUUUCCCCAACCUCUCAUCAAUCAUCAUCAUCUCAACAUCUCCGUUUUCCGGUCAUGGAUUCCUUCCCACCGGAGUAUCCCUUCGGCUUCGGCUUCGGGGAAAGGCCGUCGCCGACGAGGAGAGAGCUUCAAGGUCCACGUCCCACUCCGCUCCGGGUCAACAAGGACUCCCACAAGAUCAAGAAGCCGCCGGUUGCGCCGCACCCACCGGCCGCCGCUCUGCUGCGAACGGCGCCGCCGCCGCCCGCCGCCCAGAAUCCCCAGCCGGUGAUUAUCUACGCCGUGUCUCCCAAAGUCAUCCACACCACCGUCAGUGACUUCAUGAACGUGGUGCAGCGCCUCACCGGGCCUUCCUUCGAGUCCUCCGCCGCAGCCGGCGGAUCCGGCGCCCUGUCCCCGGCGGCGAGGCUGGCGUCCAUAGAGAAAACGAGUCCGUCGGAGAGGGAGCGGGAGAGGCAGACAACGGAAAUGGCAGCUUUUGACGCGACUGAUGUUGUAGAAAUCGUCGGAAAUUCUACGGUGGAAAUGGGUCAGAUUCCGGGAAUAUUAUCGCCGGCGCCGACAAGCUUGCUGCCCAUCUCGCCGCCGGGACUAUUCUCUCCGGCGUCGGACCCGUUGAUGUUUAUCAACAACAUGUGGAGUAUGAGCCCAUCGUCGUUGUUCUCAGCUCCACUGAUUUCUCCAUCUCCUUCCUCGCUUGAUAUUUUCAAUCCAUUCUUUGACUUUUGACCGGAAAAAACAAGAAAAUUUUUGUUUUCUCCGGUCGUCGGAGUGCAAUGGAGUAAAUUCUUUUGCAAAGAAUUGUUAUCAAAUUUUUACUGUAAUUAACUGAUCUAGUAUUAGGCCAGCAAGCUCUGAUUUUAUUAGUUUUUACUUUAAUUAAUAAAUAGAUGGAAAAAAAUUUCUCAAUUUUAUUUCUUUAA